AUGUCCCCAGUGCGCCGCCUCAUGAUCCGGAGCCUAAGUGUGCGCCGCGCCUCGCACUGGCAACGAAAAGCUGCUCAAUCGACCGUCCGAAACACAUGGUCGAUACUCCUCGCGCAGCAGUGCCGGGCGCAUUCGCAGGUCGCAAAGCUCUCUGGGAGCGAUCAGGUAGUUCGGUCCCUUGACGAGUCCAUGCCAGUCGCGCUACCCAGCAAUCUUUCAACUCGUGAGCCAGGAAAGCGCUGGGACAAGGCGGAAAGCGGAGGAGACGACACGCAACCGCGCCGCCGGUGGGGCAGUGAAUACGGCUGA